AUGCCCACCGAGCUUGAAGAGUUGGUGGAGUUUCUUCAUCAUGGCAAUAGUCAAAUUCGACAGAUUGCCUGUGAAAACCUCGUCGGGUAUGCCACGUCGCAACCUUCCCUAUUCAAGCGCCAUCAACUGCUUCCCGUGCGAGAUUUGAAGCUCUUAGCUCGAGAUUACACUCCUAUUGCAAAGAAUGCCUUGAAUAUUCUCAUAAACCUCUCAGCCGACGAAGAAAUCCUGAAGCUUCUUGCUGAAGACGAUGCUUUUCUCGAGACGCUCUUAAAAAAGCUCACGAAUGUCAAAGAGCCGAAUGCAGACGAGGUGGCUAUGCUACUUUCGAAUUUGGUUAAGUCGGAACACCUUCACAAGCUGCCAACGAUGAAGCGCAAAGCGCCAGAGACAGUCUCUAGCUCUGAAAACGUCAUCGACCAGCUGAUGGAUUGCUUUGUCAAGGGCGCAGAGGGUGCACUCAACAAGAACGCCAAUUUUGACUACCUAUCAUAUGUUUUCGCCGAUCUAUCACAGUCUGAGAAAGGACGGGCAUACUUCACCACCCGCCAGGAGUAUGACGGCGUCGUGCCGAUCACCAAGCUGACCGUCUUCACUGAACACAAGAGUGAUAUUCGACGUAAAGGCGUGGCAUCUACCAUUAAGAAUGUGGCUUUUGAUGUUACCAGUCAUCCGAUGCUUUUCGCUGAAGACGAGGCAAACCUCCUCCCUUAUCUGCUGCUUCCUCUCGCAGGCCCAGAGGAAUACCGAGAGGAGGAGACUUUGUCGAUGCUGCCUGAUCUUCAGCUCCUACCUCCAGAUAAAGAACGAGACAGCGACCCCACAAUCCUUACGACUCAUCUGGAAACGUUGCUUUUGCUGUCGACAACCCGGGAAGGACGUGAGCAGAUGCGUGCGGUCCAGGUCUACCCGAUUAUCCGAGAGUGCCAUCUCCACGUCGUGGAUGAAACAGUCCAGGAGGCUUGUGAUCGCCUGGUCCAGGUUCUAAUGCGUGACGAGGAAGGCGAAGGGGACAAAACAGAUGCUGAUAUGGCGCAGGCACAAGCUAAGCUUGAGGCACCACUACCGGCAGAAGAUGAAGAUAAAAAGGUCGUGGAGCUGUUCUAG